AUGCUCAAGUGGCAGCUCAUAACCAGGGACUUGGCCAGCAGGCAGCAGUUUCUGCAAAGCAGCUUGAGCCUUCCUAGCUCUGGAGUGGAGCAUUGUGCAGCGUCUGGCUGGGAGCCCUGGAAGGAAGUCAUGGCUCCCCCCUGCGGCAGCUUCGGUAGUAGCAGCAGCAAUGAAGCCUGGGGCUGGGACCGCCCAUCCAUCCCAUCACUCCCACUGCCCCGUGAGGCAGUCCACUCUGUGUCUGGGGAGGCCGCCAUGAGAAAAAGGAAGAGCUCUAUCCAGGUCAUGUUCCAGUGCCUGAGGAAGAGCUGUGGGAAGGUGCUGAGCACAGAGUCUGGGAUGCAGAGACACAUGUGCCUGGUGCACCUGGGGAGGCAGGCAGGGCCAGAGCAGAGUGAUGCUGAGGAAGACUGGUACUACAUGGACGUGCUGAGACCUGUGUCUCCAGUCUCCAUGCCACUCGCCUUUCCUCGUGUGAAGCCCCCAGCUCUUCCCAGCCUGUUACAGCUCUUAAUUUUGUCACCACCUCCCAAGCUCAGCUCUUAAGCUAUUCCAUAAGCACGCCACAGUGACCGUGCCUACCAGCCAGGUGAGGCCACAGGUGGAGAGUGAGGGCAGGGCUCCCAGCGCUCCAGAGAGAAACGUAACAGGGGUUGUGGUCCCUUCCAGAGCUGUCGGGCCUCCGUCUACUAGGAGCCACAGGCCUGAUGGGGCCUACAUACCAGCCCUGCC